AAUAAUACCUAGACUUUCUAGAUUAUUAAUUAGGAAUAGUAAUCGCUUAGCAAAUUCUGCAACGGAGGAUGGGCGACGUCCUAGGGAAGAUAAAAGGUGAUCCGGAUAUUGAACGAGAUCGGGGAAUCCAAACUCGGGAAGAUCAGCUCGGGUAUUGUGAGAAACGGAAUGACCUGCUAAAAUACACAAGGAGUGCAGAAGAAGGCAUAAAAUACCACAACAAGAAGCACGAGGGUGCUAAAUUUAAGCUGGUGGAGAUCAUAUCUGCAUGUUCUUUCUUUUCUAUGGGUGUUUGGGAGCAUAUCAACUUCACUGCUUCUGAAGAUGACAAGUCUCUGAAAUUGUUUUUUGCUGAAUUUUCACAUGGAGAAGCUCAUUGGGGAACGAAUCAUAAUACAGAAGCCGAAAAAAUCACUGCAUGUUGUUUGCUGGAAGAAGGCUUAUGGAUUCUUGAAUGAAGGGAAGGUGUCAUUAUUCCAGUGUUUCAACCUUGAUCCCCAGCACCUUAAGGAUAUGUGUGGACCGUGGUAGAGGAAAAUGGUGAGUGCACUUAAUUUUUAAAAUGAUUUUGGUUGGUUGAAUUGCAAUUAGUUGAUUUGAUUAAAAACCUGUUUGGUUUUUUGCUUUUCGAGUUUUACUAUUUUGUUUUAAAGUUUAGUAGUUGAAAGGUUUAGAGCCUAUAUGGUGUCUUGUUUCUCCUACUUUUUACUGUUCUUCUUCAAAGUAAAGCAAUUAAAAGUACAAAGUGUUUGAUGGGUGAUUGUUAUAAAAACAAAUCAAAAUGUAUAUUAGCUUUCAUUUCAAAAUGCAUGAAAAUUGAUUUUUUUU